AUGAGUUUAACCCUGUACCCGGAGGUGAGCAUUCACAACUUCACCACCAGCUGGAGAGAUGGGCUGGCCUUCAAUGCCCUGAUCCACCGGCACAGGCCAGAGAUCGUCGACUUCAGCAAACUCACCAAGUCCAACGCCACCUACAACCUGCAGCAGGCCUUCAACACGGCCGAGCAGCAGCUGGGCCUGACCAAGCUGCUGGACCCGGAAGAUGUGAACACGGAGAACCCGGACGAGAAGUCCAUCAUCACCUACGUGGUCUCUUUCUACCACUACUUCUCCAAAAUGAAGGCCCUCGCCGUGGAGGGGAAGAGGAUUGGGAAGGUGGGUGUCUGGGGGCGGGCGCUGGGGGCAGCCUUACCAUGGGCCACGCUGGGGACCACAGCGGGCCCUGGUCUGUUUCCGGGGCAACAGCAUCUCUGGUGAGAUGGUAAACAAGGGCCAGGCCUCGCCCUGCAAUAGCGCCCUGGGUUUGGCCGUUGGCUUCCUGGCGCGCUGCCUCGUUCUCUGGUGGCAGAGCGGGACUGGGGCUCCCCGGCGCAGGCUGUGUCCCGGAGCCACGGGGUGGAGGGCCAGCAGUUCU